CCCACCGCGUAGAUAGACUUCCUGAAAACGCUCGUGCCUCCCCUACAGCUCAGGAAAGCUGGAAAACUCGCCAUGUAGGGGGACAAAAAAGCCAGGGCACCUUUAACAUCGGACAAAGAAGUUUACCAUGACUUGAGACCCUGUUCCAGCACUCCUCCUCUUUCUGUAUUCUGUUUUAUUUAUUUCCCAUAUUGAGGACUGUCAAAUGAAGAACAGGAUUCAACGUUCAUGGAUAUCAAAUCCUGGAUUUUCUGGCAUUUUUUUAUUGGGUGAGCUACAAGAGUUCCCAGCACUACUACAAUCUCUUGACACUGCUUUGGACCAAAACCAGAAGUGACAUCCCUGUUCAUCUCUAUCACUUCCUAAACCUUGUUGUUUUUGGAGACAAACUGUAUUUUUAGUCAACCACCUCGAAAAGGUUUCAUUUGAUUCUUCUGAAACACUAUCCUCGGCUGGGCCGUUACCUCUGCUCUCUGUGCUUGUUUGUCACGGAACAUUUUCGUAGCAUUUAUAGGGUUGUUAUAACCUUAGUGUAUGUUUAUUUUUAGACAUUUCUAAGUUCAAAGUUCUCUGACCUUAAGACAAUGCAUUGUUAAGUGAAACUGUGCUUCCUAUUUUAUUUAAACAAAUGGAAAUUUGCUUAAACAAAUGAGUUAAGUUUGCUUAAUUUGCAAACUUAAGAAAUUGUUAAAUGAUUAUUUAUGUAGAUGCAAGCAUAAUUCCGUUUGAACCUUGACAAAUGGUAUGCCUUUUCUCAUAUUGUGACUUUUGUUUUUAAAACAAAACUAUAAUUUUUAAAUACUAGCAAUACUAAACUGGAAGUCUCUUGCGUGUAUUAUGUUGUGAUCAGAUGAUCAUAACUUGAUUUUAAGCAUUGUUUCCAGGCAAAAUGCACUGAUGGAAAGGAUUUAACACUGUCAGGGAUAGAAAAGCCUGCUGAAGUUUUUUUUGUGUAUGAGUGUGUUUUCAAAAGACACCUGUUGAAGCACUGUCAUCAUUUGCAGCUUUUAAGUUUACACAAAAGCCCAUGAUUUGGGCUUGACAUGUUUUUUUCAGAACAACUACUGUAUCCGUCCAUAAAGUUUUCUCUACAAAUCAGAAAAAAGACCUCUACAUGAAACACUCAAGCUGUGUAGUCCAAACAUACUGUCUGCAUCCCACUGACACUACCUUUUGAGCCCAGACAUUUAACAUGCGCUCCCCAGGCCCAGAAAGCCCAUCAAUGACUGAGGAAGCUCUUCUGCAUGGACAGUUUGGCGGUUGGAGCAGCGGAGGAGGAAGUGGAAGUAACAGCAACAGCUGCCCCAAUAGCCCUGGAGGUGUUUCUUUACCUUCCAGCCCAGCCUCCACCAACUAUGCCCUGACCCUCACACAAACUCACAUCCAUGUCCAGCGGUUGUCUCCACGUGCGGGGAAGCAGUCCAGGCUGAUCCUGCCGUUGGCAGAACUGACCGGAUGCAGCUGCCCGCGCUCGCCGGCCCCUCCUUUGCUGGUGCUUUACUGGUACCCUCCGGGCCGACGCCGGAAAGGCGUCUCCAGACAUAGACAGGUGAGGGCGUACUUGGCAGAAAGCAGAGUUGAGGCAGAGAAAUGGAACGCUGCUAUACAGAGCCUGCUGAGGGGGAUGGAUGUCAGCUCCACUACAGAAUUUUGCAAAAGCAUGUUGCCCCGUCCCCGUCGACUGUUGCUGCUGGUCAAUCCUUUCAGUGGCCGGGGUCAGGCAAUGCAAUGGUGUCAAACGCACAUACUUCCAAUGAUAAGAGAAGCCAACAUCAGCUACAACCUCAUACAGACAGAGCGCCAGAAUCAUGCACGUGAGCUAAUCAGAGAGAUCUCCUUACCAGAAUGGGAUGGAAUCAUCAUUGUUUCUGGAGAUGGACUCUUGCACGAGGUGAUAAAUGGCCUUAUGGAAAGGCCAGAUUGGGAACAAGCAAUAAAAACUCCUGUGGGAAUCCUGCCUUGUGGCUCUGGAAAUGCACUUGCUGGUUCCAUCAACCACUAUGCAGGAUAUGACAUGUGCCUUCGGGAGCCUCUCCUCCUCAACUGCUCUUUUCUGCUGUGCCGGGGUGGGGUUAAACCGAUGGACUUGGUGUCAGUUACAACAAGCCCAUGCACUUCAUCCACAACCAAUCAGAAUGGGCACCCACCUGCGCCCAGAAGGCUUUUCUCUUUCCUUUCUGUAGCUUGGGGUUUUGUGUCUGAUGUGGACAUUGAGAGCGAGCGUUACAGAGGGCUGGGCUCAGCACGGUUUACACUGGGAACACUAGUAAGAUUGGCUUCUCUGCGCUCCUACAAGGGCCGUCUUUCCUACCUGCCACCUGCUAUGGUCAACUCGUCCCCCGAUGCCACACCUCAGCCGCCCCGCAGGCCACUUUCACGCAGCAUUACCGAAGGUUUGGAGGGAUUUUGUCGCACUCCCAUUCACCGCACCUGCUCAGACAUGGGCCUGAGCGAACAAAGAAGUCUCCGUAAGGGAGAUGGGGAGAGGGAGAGGGAAAGAGAGCGGGAGAGGCAGGAGAGAGAGCGGGAGAGGGAGAGGAGAAGAGAGAGGGCAAGAGGAGUUGGGGUAGUGAGAGCUAGCAGUCUUGCAGAAGACCGAGAGAGAGAAGUGGAAGCAGAAGAGAAGAUGGAGGAGACGUCAGGAACCAGUUCGGAAUCCACCGAAAGGGAAGAGUGUGACAACAUAGCCAGUAAUAAUGGGAACGGGGAAGAAGAAGAAGAAAACAAACUGGAUGGCGAUGAGGUAGAUGGAGAAGUACUGACGAAAGCGAGAGAUUUAAAUGCAAGAGAUGAGGGGACCGAGUGCAACGAGAACUACCAAACGACUCCACCUGAGAUGCAACGCACACGUAAAAACUCAGCCCCUUCUAGCCAGAUAAUUAGCGCUUUCUUCAGCCAGCCAAUUGGUGCAGACACUGACCAAGACUUGGAAGUGGCAGCCUACGGCAAGGAGGACGAAGACAUAAAUGGCACCUACUUUCAAAGAGAGGCAUUUCCAUUAGACAAGUCUCGUGAGCGAGCCCUCACCAUCUCAUCUUCUCCGUUCCGACAGUCUCCUUUCAAAGCUUUCAAGCCUAAAACUUUGGACCAGAACCAGAACCCCUCACGGCCCCGGCCUCUCUCUCUUCUCCAACAAUCGCAUUCAAACUCUCUCCCUCCAAAAUUUCCAUCCCUUUCUCUGUCCCUUUCCCCAACCCCUCCAUCAUCUCCAUCUUGUGCCUCUCCCCACUCUUCUUAUCUUGCGCCACGUCCCAACACUCCCAGCUCGUCUUCCCCGUCGCCUUCUUUUCAUUCACCGCCCCCUUCCUUCAACUUUGACCUUGCAGAGCCCGCAGGACCCUUGAAAAACCGCCCUCACGUGACAUCCUCUAUCAACAUGCCAGAGGAUAAUCUGCUACCUCCUCUGGAUCAGCCUCUCCCUACACGCGACUGGGUCAAUAUUGAGGGCGAUUUUGUCCUGGUGCUUGCUAUCUACCAGACCCACCUGGGAGCAGAUCUUCUCGCUGCGCCUCAGGCGCAAUUUGAUGAUGGGUUGAUCCAUCUGACAUUUGUGCGGGCUGGUAUUUCCCGUGCAACACUGCUUAGACUGUUCCUAGCAAUGGAGAGAGGAGCCCAUUUGUCCCUUAGCUCUCCCUAUGUUAGUCAUGUUUCUGCUCGGGCGUUCCGCCUGCAGCCGCUUUCACCACGAGGAACGCUUACUGUAGAUGGGGAGCUGGUGCCCUAUGGGCCACUGCAGGCACAGGUUCAUCCCUCCAUGGCCCGUUUGAUUGUUGGGGACUCUGGAAUAAAGAUUACAAGAUUCUGACCUCUUUGGAUUUGAACGGGCAUGGAUUAGCGUGACGCUUGGAUUAUAUAACAUUUUGCCAUGCGCAUAUUAUGGGGGGGGGAGCAAACAGAAAGCCAGCAGUUGCAAUCACUGCUUUUACUGGGAUUAACUGAGGGAUUGCUUAUUCAAGCUGCAUAUGCAAGGAGUAUUUCUGAAUUUAACGAAGGGAUGAAAACUUGCGGCCUAUUGCACGACUGUAGGAUUACACUUGGAUUACCCUCACUGUAGUCAGUGAGAGAUGCAGAAAUGUCUACAUAGAGGAAACGGCAGAACUGAAUGUGUCCAGUUGGUGUAUACAUUUUAGUAUGCAUUUGUGCAUAGAAUCUCAACAGUGCUUCUGCCUUAUUUCAGAGAGUGGAAUAAAAUGAGACAAACACUAACAAUAGCCAGCUUUUAGGUUGACACGCCCACAUCCAAAUAUGGCACCACCCAUUUUGCAUAAUAGGUACCCCUGGAAUGCCUUAUCCAUCUCUGAACUUUUAAGUGCAAACCCCUUCCCUUCCUUAAUUUACAUACUGGCUUAGUAUCACCUCAUUUAGCAAAGAUGUAUCUGAAUUGAACUAAGUCUCCGUCCAGCUUGUGAAAACUUGCUUUAUGGGACUGAUCGGUGUCUUGCGUCCAUUUAUUUUAUUUUUAGGACACAUCAUUGUGUGGACUGAGUGGAACGUGGGCUGUUAUGGUGUAUAUUGCAUUGCUAGUUUGUGUAAGAAACGCAUGUGAAGAUGACGAUGAUGAUAUUCGGUAACUAGCUAUAUGCAUUGCAGUGUACGCAGAAAGAAAGCUAGGAAAACUUCCAGUUCAGCAUUUUUCACCCCCAGGAAUAUCGUAUCACUGUCUUCUAUGACACAAUGCAGAGGUUUGCUCAUUUUCAUUCCUAAUGAAUGAAGAACUGUAAGUUAUGGAUGAACUGGUAAACCUUCAACUCCUUUUCCUGAAAGAUUCAUCUGUUUAAUAUUAGGCAAGGAAUAUUUCUUUGUGAUCAGUAACUUGAUAACAUUUAGUCUAUUCCUCUCACAAACCAUUUGUAAGACUGAUUCACUAGAGUAAAAUGUAUUUUUCAGCUCUUUAAGAGAACAGGCCUGUGGAAAUGAUGAUUGUAACACAGCCUUUUACUUUUCCCUAAAUAUUUAUUAGAAAAAUGCCCUGUUUACGUUUCUUCUGUCCUUUUCAUUUUCCUGAGGACCACAAUUUGACAUGUAGACUGUUUUGCUCUCUUUUCUGAAUGAUUAACAAAUAAUAUUUAAUUCCAAUAACUCGCUGGAAUUUCCGAACAGCUGUUUAGUUCUGUCUAGUGCAAUCAUUUCUGCUUCUGUACUCCGCUCUUAAGUGUCGGCUGACAUGUAAGUCUAGUUGUUUUGUUUGCAAGUCUGGGCACUCGAAAUUAUUUUCAGCUGCAAUCAGGCCAGUUGUUUGUUUUUUGUUUUUCAUUCCCUAUAUUUCCUUCCUUCUUUUGUUGUACCAUGCUUUAGAGUGAUCUAAUAAAUUUGGUAUCAAGCUGCUGUCCACCUUGAAAAUGCCAGUUUAAGAUGUCUCUUCAUUCUACGAUGCUUGUAUUAAGAUUGUAAUUACUAUAAGAGAAUAUUAUAUUAAACGCAUAUACAUAUUUACAGUUCCUAGUUCUGUAUGGUUUAAAAGUUUUGUUUCAGAUAAAAUUUAACUAUGAAACCUUGAA